AUUAAAAAAUUUUGUAAAAGAAAUAAAAAAUGUUCCCACUUGUUCUUGCUUUCAUUAGAUAACCUACGUCCCACCAACAACAACAACGAAAAGAAUAAUCUUUCUUCCAUUUUCUGAAAACCCAUAAAGCAAAACGAAAAGGGUUGUCUUUGAUUUCAAUUGGGUAUAAAAAAAAAGUUGAAUUUGGAAGAAAGAGAAGAAAAAGGUGAUAGCUUUAUUUUGAGGGUUUUGGGUUUUUUUUUUUGGCAAUGGGGGAUUUGGAGAAGCAACAAGAGAAGGUGAUGGUGUUGGAAGAAGGAAGAAAAGAGGAAGAAGAAGGUGGUGGAGAAAAGGAGAGGCUUUUGGAAGGUAUGGCUGUUUUGGAUUUUGAUAUGCUUUGUUCAUCUGUUGCUUUACAAACUGCUAAUGGAAGUUGGGGGAAGCUUGGUGGAACAAGUUUUGGAAAUGAUGAACAACGUAGUGAAGAGUUUGGUGGUGUUUUGAGGAUGUGGGAGGGUGAACUUCUUGAUUGUUUCGAACACCGGAGAAUCGCUGUUGAAUCUGCAUGUUGUCCCUGCUACCGAUUUGGGAAGAACAUGAAGCGAGCUGGUCUUGGUUCUUGCUAUAUUCAGGCAUUUGUAUAUUUUCUUCUUGCCAUCUGUGCUCUUUUCAACUUCAUAGCCUUUAUCGUCACGAGACAUCACUACUUUCUGUACCUGGGAGUCACCUUCGUCGUUACUGGUGGAGCAUAUUUAGGAUUCUAUCGAACUCGCAUGCGAAAGAAAUUCAACAUCAAGGGUAGCGAUAGUUCGGUGGAUGAUUGUGUUUACCAUUUUGUCUGUCCUUGUUGUACAUUGUGUCAGGAGUCAAGAACACUGGAGAUUAACAACGUUCAAGACGGCACUUGGCACGGUCGGGGUGAUACCAUAUGCAUAGGUGGCAUUAGGAAUGGGAAUAAACCACUCGCCGAGUUGAUCCCUCCCACUAUUGAGUCUAUCAAGCUUACCGAUGAAAAUUACACCCUAUAGAUGAAAUAGACAUAUAGUAUCAUCAAUGAAUCUUGAAUCAAGGUAGUGAAAAAAGUUUUGAAACAAUGGUUCUUCAUCUGAAAUGUAUCCCCAGUUUCUGCACUACAUAUUUGAUUUCAAAGUUCUAUCAAAUUUCAUGAAGCCAAAAGAGAAUGUAAUGAAGGCUCUAACAAACACCGAUUAUGCCAGGACUAAGAGUUAGUGGCAUUCAUGAGAAACAAGUGAUGUUUUUAUUGGAGAAUAAGUCUCACAUCGCUUGGAGCAAAGAGACUUGUAUAAGUUGAGAAUGUUCGAGUUCAAAUUGUUUCGACAAGUUAGACUCAAACAUUUCAAGCUUAUAUAUACUUCGUUUUUCUUUGUUCAAAGCCGACUUAUUCUCAAUUUUUAGACGGAGAACGAUGUUGCUUUUAAAAUUACCACCCCAUGAUGUUAGUUUGCAAAAUGUGCAUAUAGAGUAUGUCAUUCUAAACCGAUGGGGUCUUAUUUUUACCAACCCUGUAAUAUAUAGUUUGACUAGUGUCAUAGUGUUGCAAAAAUCCCAUCUUAAUUAUUGUAAUCAAAACAUACAAGUGUUGUAUUAACAAGCUUGGCUUAAUUAUAGGAAAUAUAACCUAUUUCCUUGGCAUUUGUAUUAACAAGUUUAAGCUGAACUAAGUUUAAACUUUUAGCUUAUUGAGUUGGUAAUGAGUCAAGCAUAACUUAGUGGUGUU